AUGGCCAACCACGGGAGUUCCGCGGCCAUGGGCGCCCUCAGUCUGUUCCCGGCGCCCACGCGCCAGCACACCGCUUCUUCCACGACGUCAAGCCGACGAGAAAUCGCGCGCGACGGUGGAGCUGCCUCGCCGCAGCAGCACUCGACCAAGGUGUCGGAACUUAGUCAUCUCGCCCUGGUCAAAGGCCAGCGCGACACCAUCCGCACCGAACUGCGCGCCACCCAGGCCGCGACCCAGGAAGCCCAACAAUCCGUGUCGUCGCUGCGCAAGCUCGCCUUCCGCCUUGCGGUGCGUAUCAGCGUCAAGGAGGCCAAAGUUGCCCAGGCUGCCCGCAGCCUGGCCAAUUCCCGCCGCCAUGACUACGUACACAGCCGCAGGCAUGAGGGACGCAUUGCGCAGCUUCAGGCUACCCUUGCUUGCCAUGAGCAAAGGAAUCGGGAACUGCUUCAUAAUCUGGAACAGGCUGCUCAGCUUACUAUACAGUCACAGCAGCAGCACCUGUCGUCAAGCCGCCGCCCGCUCUCCUACGUCCCUACUGGCCAGCGCCCCAUCUCGCCGCCGCUGACCUCGCCGCCCUCGACUCCGCCGCCCUCGCCGCCAGCUAGGAUCUCGAGCCGAACCUCUCAGACCACACCAAGGCGACCAUCCGACAUUGUCGCCGACCUCACCGAGAUCAGGACCACCAACGAGCGCCUGAUCAAGGCCAAGAAGGAGUCCGACCAUGCCCUGCUGCUAUGCCGCUCGCGCAUAGUUUCCCUGCAAGAGGACUUCCACCAGUCCCAGAACCAUGUGCGCAGCCUGGAGAAGUCCAACGACGGCCUGGCGCAUAUGGUCAAGGAUUUCGAGGCCAAAGUCCGCACUCUUGAGGAAGAGAGAGCUCGCCUCGAGCGAGAGCUCCAGUCCACUCAAGAGAAGCUCAUCGUCUCUUCCAAGACCGAGGGAACCCUACGUGCCGAGCUUGAGGAGCACAAAUCCAGGAUCGCCGAGUUGGAAGCAGAGUGUGAGACGAGUCGUUCCCGCAUCACCGAGCUGGAGGAGUCCUGGUCUCACAUCGAGGAAGACCUCUCCGGCUGCAAGCUUCAGCUCAAGACGUUGGAACGCGACCGUCUGGCACUGCAAGAAGAGCUCUUCGUUGUCCGCAAAAGGCUAUCCACCUCGGACAGGUCGCAUGCCGACCUGCAGGAGAAACUCGCGAGCAAGGAAGCGGACAUCGCCAAGCUCCGCGAAGAGCUCAAGCACGGUCAAGACAGCGCCGACGCUCUCCAGCAGACUGUUACCUUCUACGAGAAUGCGGCUCGUGAAUUGCAAGCUAAGAUCGCGGCUGCCAACGGUGCCAUGACCAUCCUUGAGAAACAACUCGAAGUCGCCGAGUCAUCCAAAAAGAGCAUGUAUGCCGACAUGGAGCAGCUCAAGGAGUCGAAGAGGGAGACAGAGCAGAAGCUUCAGCAUCAAAUCCAGGCUCGCACCGCUCUUCAGUGGGAUGUCAACCAAUUGGAACAAUCCAAGACCCGGCUCAACCAGGAAAUCCAGCGUAUGCGAGCCAGGAUCGAGAGUCGCAACCUCGAAGAAUCCGAACUGAAGGACCAGGUGACAGAGCUCCUCAAGUCACGACGGAGUCUGCAGAACCAGCUGCGUGAAGCGCUGCGUCAGCUGGAUAUCGAGGAACAGAAGAACCCCGAGGCUGCGGAUGAACUCGAGAGACUGAGGAAGUCCAAGGAAGAACUGGAAGCGAACUUAGCCCAACUGAAGGACACGACAGGUGGCCUGCACGCCGAUCUCCAACUAACUAGAAAGAAACUCGAUACCACGGAAAAGUCGAGGACGGAGUUGCAAGAGCAGUUGGAAGUCUCGCAGAAGGCGAAUGACGGCCUAAGAGGUGAUGUGCGUGCCCUGAAACUCUCCAAAGCCCAUUUGGAAUCCGACUUGAGCAUGGCCCUCCAGUCCCGAGCAAACCUCGAAGCGACGGUCCGCGCGAAUAGGACGAAGCUUUUGGUUGCUGAGACUAACGAAAUCAAUCUCCAGGCCAAACUUUCCGCGGCGGAAGAAGAGGUUGCCAAGCUUCGCGCGCUUGUCACUGAAGCCAGACGCGUCGAGGGCAAGCUGGAAGCUCGCAUCGCCGUCGCCGAGGAAGAACUGUCUGCUGUGAGGAAAGCGAACGAGGAGCUUGAGACUUUUCUCAGCGAGGCCCGCGACAACCUCGACGACGAGACCAAGGCCAAGCUAAUCGCCGCCGAGGAGCUCCGGGAAAAGUACCAGAAGAAACUGUCGAUGACUGAAGAGGAAAUCCACAGACUCCAGGCCGAGAACAAAUCCCUGGACUUGGAGAUCGAGAGGAGGGACCACGACAUCGAAGAACUUCGGAACCAGGAAUCCAGCCUCAGUGCUGAGCUUCGCUCCAAGGAUCAGUGGAUCGGGGACCUCAACCAAGCCAACGUAGAGUUCGCCCAGGGUAUGGAAUCCAUCGAGUAUGAGUUGCGCAUCCUUCGUGAGACCAAGAAGACGUUUCAGACAGUGGUGAAGGAGCUAAGGGAGAGGGGCACUCAACUUGAGACUCUGAGAGAGUGGACCGUGGAUGAUGGUCCGGCUCACAGCGGGGACAAGCCGCUUCCCCACGCUCCUCACAAGAUGAGAAGGACAUCCACGUUGAUUUCAGAAGAAUUCCGCCCUUCAUCUCGGGCCUCAUCCCAUCGAUCCUCGGAGGGCGAAGAUGAUCUUGACGCGUGGGCGAAGGAAGUUGAGCGUGUUCGCUUGCUCCGUGAUGAGACCGUCAUCCAGCUGAAAGGUCUACGUCAGUCAGAGUCGUUGCUGCGGAAGAACCUGAAGGCCAGUGAGAUGGAACUGCAGCGGCUUGGUACCCAUCAGCCACAGCACAACCCUCCACCAAAGAAGAACGUCAACGUCUUUCGCCGCGUGUUCCAGUGGAGCUCGCGCAACAACAAGACGAGCGGCCAGGUGUCGUGGAACAAGCCCGCCAACCAGCAACAAGCCGCACAGGGUAUGCAGAAGGCAGGUCUUUCCGUCGGUCGCGUCCCAGAAGCGCGGCCAUCGGUGGACGUGCGGGGGCAAAUUGGCGGUGGGAGAGGCGGCGACAUCUACUUCGAUAUCGAGUCGCGGACGUGGAAGACAGUAGAUGAGGACACAGGCGCAACUCUGACGCCGGUGCGCACGCGGAACAUGAGCAGCCCCAACCCGCACGCAAUGACGGCGUCACCAGCGUCGACAGUGCCGAAGUCGCGCAGCGGGACCCUCACGAAGGGACGCAGGCCCACGACCCGAGGCAGUGCUAGCAGCGGCAGCAUUGGCAGCGGGCGUCGGGUAAGAAUCGCUGAGCCCUUCGACGGGGAGAAGCUCUCCUGGGGAGGAAGGAUGAAGAAGAGAAUGGGGUUGUAA